AUGCUCCGUCUCGCCCUCCUGCUGGCCUUUGCGUGGGCCGUGACGCCCGUCGCUGCCUUUGGCGCGGGAAACAUUGCCUCUAUCUCCAAGGUUGAGCACAAGAACUGGCGCCAUGGUGACAUCGAGGACGUCCUCCUCAGCCUGGCAGCCGCCCAAGCCUACAACGGCGGCAAAAAGUUCACCAAGAUGAUGGUCUCCCAGACCUACUUUGGCAACUGGGCCCGCGACUACUCCCAGGCCAUCGACGUAGGCACCGUCAAGUCCAUCUCGGCCGAGGCCAUCCGUCUCCUCCUCUGCAUCCUAGGCUUCAUGACUUUUGGAUACGGCUCCGGCGAGUUCGAGGUCACCGCCGAGAGGCUCGGCUGCUACAGGCCCGAGGAGCACAUUGACAACCCCAAGAACUACGCCGACAACGUUGACGCUCGCCAGUACGACCGCCGCCUGCGUGGCCCCGUCGAUGAGGAGACGGAGCUUUCCAUUGACAGCGAGACGGGCAUGAAGAACUACAUUGCCAAUGAGAACGCCGGCAUCAUGACCUCGGCCGAGCUCAUCAGGCAGCUCUUUUCAAGGUGCAUCAAGCUCGGCCGCCGCUACGGUGAGAGGGGCGACAAGAAGGACCUCCACGAGUCUCUGCGUGUUCUCGGUACCGGUCUGCACUGCCUCGAGGACUUCUUCGCCCACAGCAACUACUGUGAGCUUGCUCUCAUCGAACUUGGCGAGGACGACAUCUUCCCUCACGUCGGCCGCCGCACCAAGAUCGAACUCGAGGGAGCCCGUGGCGAGGUUUACCCCCUUAUCACCGGUACAUUCGGUGGCGUCGACUUUCUUCACAGUGUCACUGGCGAAGUCUCCGACAAGCUCUCCCAGAACGAGAUUGACGAGCUCGAGGGCACUCUCCAGGAGAGCGCCAAGUCGGACACCAGCCUGCUCCAGUCCCUCCUCGACCAGAUCCCCGACGGCAUGUUUGGCGACAAGCACCAGAGCGACAAGGUCGAUGAGCUCAAGAACAACGCCAAUUCGGCCCAGAUGGCCAACACCAGUAUCUCGCCCCGCGAGCCCGAGGAGUUCACCCGCUACAUCCAGGAUGCCUACGAGCAGGUCAUGCCCGCCAUCACCUUCCACGACGACGUCAUGCAGGCCAUUACCCAUGCCACCGAAUCCAUCCCGGUCCUGCCCAAGAUCAUUGAGCAGCUCGAGGAGCAGCUGUCGCGCUUCGUCUUCUCCCUCAUCGCCCCCUUCGUCGUGCCCCUCAUCAAGAACAUCAAGAGCGAGCUCAUGACGGGAUCCAACGAGAUCAUCAACUCUUCUGAGCAGGAGCAGCACAUUGUGUUUGAAGACGAUCACUCCACCGACCCUACCCACUCUAUGCUGUCCAAGGACCACUUUUCAAACAUCCUCAACGAGCUUGCCGGUCAGUGUGCCGCUAAGACGGUUCACUGGGUCGUCCCCCAGCUCAUGAGGGCCAUUGACGACGAGUCGAUCGACAUUGACAGCACGCUGGACCAUAUCGUCCGCGGCGUCAUGCACCACCCCGCCCAGCGCGAGAUGGGCGGCGAGGGCGCCGAGGAGGGCCGCCGCCAGAUUUUCCAGACCGUCGAGGAGUGGUGGAGCGAGAUGGGAGACGACCAGCGCAGCGACUACCGCGAGAAACUCUCGCGCAACGGCGUCAAGAACGGUCAGAACCACCGCGAGGGUGUUUACGACACCGGCCACGGCCACGGCUGUGCUGGCAAGCUCAAGAUGCAGAAGCUCUACGGUGCCGAGACCGCGGAGGACAAGAUUGCCAACGCCGCCGCAGGAGCUAUCCUCUCGGGCGCCACCGACAUGCUCUCGGAAGCCGUCGGUGACGGCGGCAGCGGCGGUGGGCGCAGAAACAACAGGAACGACGACAGCCCCCUCGGUGGCCUCCUCGGCGCUGCCGGGUCCCUCCUCAGCGGAGCCCUCGGAGGCGAAGAGAGAGAGCGGAGGUCCGACGGCAACAGGCAGAGCUCUCGCCGGGACGAGCAGGAGGAGCCGAGCUACGGAGGCAACAGCGGCUACGGCCGUCAAGAGUCGAGCUACGGUGGCCGUGAGGAGGAGUCUAGCUACGGCCGCUCCUCAGGACGCCGUGACGACGACGAGGACAACUCGUACGGACGUCGGCAGGAGGAGUCUAGCUACGGCCGCUCCUCAGGGCGUCGUGACGACGACGAGGACAACUCUUACGGUCGUCGCCAGGAGUCUUCGGGAUACGGCGGCCGUGAGGAGUCUUCGGGAUACGGUGGCCGUCAGGAGUCGAGCUACGGCGGCGGCGGCGGCUACGGCGGCCGCGAGGAGUCCUCGGGCUACGGCCGCCAGGAAUCUAGCUACGGCGGUGGCGGCGGUUACGGGGACCGUGAGGAGUCUAGCUACGGAGGCGGCGGCGGCGGCUACGGCGGUCGCAGGGAGCCGAGCCGCGGACCUGGACUCUGGGGUCAGUAUUGGGGUAUUACGAGGUAG